AUGUCGAAAAAGCCGACAUCAAACAUACCCCAAGACAACGACGGUCAACUGCCUAGAAUGACUACCAGACAAACCAGCGCUGCAGCUACCACCGCUGUGCCAUCCGAAGACAUCCCAAGUCGAAUGGCCCACCUCGAAGCACAGAUACAGGAGGUCAAGGAUCUACUAGUUACCCUGACGGCAACCCAGACCAGAAUCCUGUCCACACUGCCGUCAGUUUGCUAUCAAACUCAAGAGCAAACUUAG